AUGAGUGACCCGCCAGAGGCCCCGCACCGGGAGGGUCCGAUGCAAGUGUUUGGCGCAGAGUUUGGGGAGGUGCUCUCCGGGGGCCGCGACUCUGUCUCUCUCCCUAGUCCCUUGCAUCCCCGCAUCCCAGCGCGACGCCGCCCCUGCCCCCGCCUUGCAGGUUUCUGCCGGAGCCCCCCGGUCAUGGUGGCCGGCGGCCGCGUCUUCGUGCUGCCCUGCAUCCAGCAGAUCCAGAGGAUCUCUCUCAACACAUUGACCCUCAAUGUCAAGAGUGAGAAGGUUUACACGCGCCAUGGGGUCCCCAUCUCCGUCACCGGCAUCGCCCAGGUGAAAAUCCAGGGGCAGAACAAAGAGAUGCUGGCGGCCGCCUGCCAGAUGUUCCUGGGGAAGACGGAGGCUGAGAUCGCGCACAUCGCCCUGGAGACGCUGGAGGGCCACCAGAGGGCCAUCAUGGCCCACAUGACUGUGGAGGAAAUCUAUAAGGACCGGCAGAAGUUCUCAGAGCAGGUUUUCAAAGUGGCCUCCUCAGACCUGGUGAACAUGGGCAUCAGUGUGGUCAGCUACACCCUGAAGGACAUUCAUGACGACCAGGACUACUUGCACUCCUUGGGGAAGGCUCGGACCGCUCAAGUCCAAAAAGAUGCUCGGAUUGGAGAAGCGGAGGCCAAGCGAGAUGCUGGGAUCCGGGAGGCCAAAGCCAAGCAGGAGAAAGUGUCUGCUCAGUACCUGAGUGAGAUCGAGAUGGCCAAGGCCCAGAGGGACUAUGAGCUGAAGAAGGCCACCUAUGACAUCGAGGUCAACACGCGCCGCGCGCAGGCCGACCUGGCCUACCAGCUUCAGGUGGCCAAAACCAAGCAGCAGAUCGAGGAGCAGCGGGUGCAGGUGCAGGUGGUGGAGCGGGCCCAGCAGGUGGCAGUGCAGGAGCAGGAGAUUGCCCGCCGGGAGAAGGAGCUGGAGGCCCGCGUGCGGAAGCCGGCGGAAGCCGAGCGCUACCGGCUGGAGCGCCUAGCGGAGGCUGAGAAGUCCCAGCAGAUCAUGCAGGCGGAGGCCGAAGCAGAGUCUGUGAGGAUGCGGGGGGAGGCCGAGGCCUUCGCCAUUGGGGCCCGGGCCCGGGCUGAGGCCGAACAGAUGGCCAAGAAGGCAGAAGCGUUCCAGCUGUACCAGGAGGCUGCUCAGCUGGACAUGCUGCUGGAGAAGCUGCCGCAGGUGGCAGAGGAGAUCAGUGGUCCCUUGACCUCGACCAAAAAGAUCACACUGGUGUCGAGUGGGAGUGGGGCCGUGGGAGCGGCCAAAGUGACGGGGGAAGUCCUGGACAUCCUGAGCCGCCUGCCGGAGAGCGUGGAGAGACUCACGGGCGUCAGCAUCUCCCAGGUGAACCACAAGCCUUUGCGAACUGCCUGAGCCCUCAGCCUUCGCCGAUGCCUCGCCAAUGGUUCAAGCUGCCUGAACGACCCCAUGCUGCAUGCAUGUCAGCUGGCCUCCCAGAGCACGUCCUUGGGCCGUGGGAUUCCACCGCUCACCUCUCCUUGCCAAAUAGCCGUGCCUUGCCCCCUGCCCGGGCCCACACCACCAAGACUGCCAGUCCCCCAAGGGUUCCGUGCCAGCUGUCCGAUCAUCCCACUCCACCCAGCUUGUUUAGUUUCCUAAUUAAACUACACUGAGCCUGUGGCCCAAAA